CCGAAAAGUCGCCGCUUCCGAAGGUUUUUUUUCUUCAUUGUGUCACUUUUUCUCGGCUAGUUCGCGUGGUGUGAUUUUUUCAAGGCAGUUUUUCUCGCGUUAAAAGGUGAUACAGGUGGGAUAUGGCAGCUGCAAAGGCUCAGAAUCAACGCCGUCGAAUGCCUCAGAAGCAACGCAACAAUAUGCAGAAGUUUAAACAGGGCACACAGAAGCGCGUUAUGCGACCGAAUAUGGGAGCCAUGGGCGCCAUGUUUAACAACAACUACAACCAAGCCAGCCAAAUGAUGGACAACCCCGGCUAUAUGGAUUUCAAUGAGCCAGCUAUUCGGCCCCCAAUGGGAGUUGGUGGAGGUAAUAAUCAAGGUGGGCCACCGGCUAAGGUGCAGAAUAAAAUGGGCGGUGGGGCUGGGAAUAUGCAGCAGAGGAAGCCGGGCAAUCGGCAGAUGGUGCAAAAUCAGCAGAACCGCCGGCGUCAGCACAUGCCGCCGCAGCGUCCGCAGCAAGGCGGUGGCGGCGGAAUGGGGGGCGGUGGAGGAGCUGGAGGUAAUAUGGGAGGGGGCGGUGGUGGCGGAGGAGGCGGUUGGGGCAAUCAACAGCCGCGUAUGCCACAGACGCCGCCAAAUAUGAAUCAGCGACCUGGGCCACCGGGGCCACCAUUCAGAGGCGGCCCAAUGCCGCCACGGAUGCAUCCGCAUCCCAUGGGACCGUCAAUGCCGCCCUUCCAUCCGCCACCAAUGAAUGGGCGUUUUAUGGGCUUUGGACCACGUCCAGGACCACCAAUGCCACCACCAAUGGGUAAUCCAUGGCCACCAAUGCCCGGAAUGCCACGUCCAAUGCCCGGCGCCAUGGGGCCCCCGAGGCCACUGAUGGGCGGUGGUGGUGGCAAUCGGCCAAAUGCUGGAAAUGUGGCUGGAAAUCGCAUGAGGAGACAGCAACAGAAUAACAAUCAGAAGACACAGAGAAAACCCACCAAAGCCAAGGGAAAAAUGAAGCCCGGGGUGACAGGAAAGAAGCCCAAUAACCAGCCACAGAAUCAAUAUUCGCUGGAUAAACCGUGGGUGACGCAGGAAAUCAAGGAUCAGCACCAGAAGAAGCUGGAUCUGCAGAAUCAGCUGAAGGGAAAUCGCAAUGAUGAGCUCUUUGCCAAAUUCAAGAGUGAACGAGAUAAGUUCGUGGCCCUCUAUGAUGCUGCCAAGGCCGAAUAUACGAACAAAGGCAAGCAGGUGAGUGCAGCACAGUAAAUCCUCCUACCCUCAGCAUAAUUUACUCUCAGCCUAAGCAGAUUUUCGGGUGAUUUUGAGGCGCUGAACACUUAAGAUGAGAUGCGAGAAAAUUGUUGAGAAAACAUUGGUCGAGUCGGACAAUGCCAAUGGCACAGAUGCUGUAUCAAAGCCAAAUGGCCAGUAGAAUGAAAAAAAAAGAAAAUCACACAGAAAUCAUGAGAGAAAAACUCAAUAAGUUUUUCUUUGCAUCUCUCUUGUGUGUUGGAUUUUUUUUGCCAAAAAAGUCACACACUUUUCUACAAUUUGAUAGCCCCUUCUACAAGAAUCAAAAAAAGCUUCAUUUGAUUCAACAAGAAGCUGAGAAUUAUUAAGACACCCUGAAAAAACAGGAUUAUUCAUUUUAAUUUUCGUUUAUUAUUUUUUUUUUAUUAAAUUGGAUUUUUAUAUCCAAAAAAAUUACAAUUAAUCUGCAAUUAGAAAUAAUAAUUAAUUUUUUCUUGUCUCUUAUUGUUACAAAUCGUAGUUGAUAAAAAAAUAUCCUUUUUAAAAAAAUACUUAAUAUAACUAUUUGCUGAAUGAUUGCAGUCAAUUUUUUUGCUGAACAAAAUAAAAUAAAAAUUUGUGUGGAGAGAAAUCUCGAAAUAUUUAUGGAAUGAUAUAAAUAAAUGAUUUGUGUAAUGUUUAUUUUUUUCUUUCAAUCCAGUUUCUUUGAUUUUUGAAUAAAGUAACAUCUUGAUGUGUACUUUUUUUCCAAUUGAUAAACAUUUGAGAUUUCCUCAAAUACAUUUUUUUCUGGACUUUAAAAUUAUUCGCUUUUAUGAAAAUUAUUUUAUUCUAACAAAUAAAUAUAGAAUGAAAAAUAAUAUAGUAAAGAUUUACUAAACAAAACAUAAAACUAUAUAAUUAUUAACCCUUAAGGUAACUUACAUUAUUCAAUGGAAUAUAUUAAAAAAAAAUUGUAUAUUAAGAUUUAUGUGAAUUUUGGAAAAACAAAAAAAUAGUGAAAAAAUAGAGUAGAAUUGAAAAAAAGGUAUUAAAGAUUUUGUGUCUGACUCGCAAAGAAAAAAUUAUGUCUUAAUUUUUUUCGACAUAUUGAAAACUUUUUUUUUUCAAAAUGAAUAUUUUCAAAAUAAAUUGAAAAAUGGAAUAAAAUAAUCUGAUUUUUUGUUCCUUUUUAAGUAUAUUGCAUUCGUAGAUGGCAUGAAUAUUUAUAAUUAAAUAAACAAAUUAAUUGUAGAAUAAAAAGGAUUUCGAGUUUUUUUCUUAAAUUUACAAAACAUUACUUGAAAUCCAAAAAUUGAUUUAAAAUUAAAUUUAAAAAAAAAACAAUUAAGAAUUAUCUUAUAUAAAGACAAAUGCAUACAUUAUUAGUUAAGAGAGAAAAAAAGUAACUUGUUCUUGUGAAAAAUAAAAUUAACGUAAUGGAGAAAUCAACGUUGAGAAAACAAAGAGAAAUUUUAAAUAUAAAAUAACAAUAUGAUUAACUUAAAGAAAAAAAAUAGAGAACAAUCAGACAGGAAUGAUUGAUUAAAAAGAAGUAAAUUAAUCUCAAAUAUAUUGUCACUAACUUAGCCCCUUGAUUAAGAAGAUGCAACAGAAAUGGAUGAGUGCCGAUUACAAAGGCCCUUCCACUCAACAGAGAUGACAAAUAAAAUUAAAUUUAAAGUCACUUC